AUGUCGGUCCUCAUCUUCGCCCUCCUCGGCUCCAUCGCCCCCGAGGACGGCCGCACCCGCAAGGACGAGGUCCGCAACGGCCUCUUCUCGACCGUCGCCUUUGUCCUCGGCGCGCUCACGUCGUGCCUGUCCGGCUACCUGGGCAUGAAGAUCGCGACGUACGCAAACGCCCGCACUGCCAUCGAGGCGCGCCGCGGCAUCGCGCCAGCGUUCAUGUGCGCGUUCCGCUCCGGCGCUGUGAUGGGCUUCCUGCUGUCCAGCCUGGGCCUGCUCAACCUGUACCUCGCAAUCAUCAUCUUUGGCAAGUUUUACGGUGAGGACUGGAAGGGGCUCUUUGAGGCGAUCACGGGCUACGGCCUGGGCGGCUCCUCCAUCGCGCUGUUCGGCCGCGUGGGCGGCGGCAUCUACACCAAGGCUGCUGACGUGGGCGCCGACCUGGUGGGCAAGGUGGAGAAAGACAUUCCGGAGGACGACCCCCGCAACCCCGCCGUGAUCGCCGACAACGUGGGCGACAACGUGGGUGACAUUGCCGGCAUGGGCGCCGACCUGUUCGGCUCUUUCGCUGAGUCGACCUGCGCCGCUCUGGUGGUCUCUGCUGUGUCCUCUCUGGGCAGGAGCCACGACUGGCCCGGCAUGAUGUUCCCCCUGCUGAUCAGCGCCACGGGCAUCCUGACCUGCGUCCUGGUCACUCUCAUCGCCACCGAUCUCAAGCCCGCCACCAAGAUCUCAGAGAUCGAGUCGACCCUCAAGCUGCAGCUGAUCGUCUCCACCGUCCUCAUGACCCCGGUGACCCUGGCUGUGGCUGUGACCGCGCUGCCGGCCACGUUUGAGCUGGCCGUGCCCAGCCGGGACCCCACCAAGGACUUCGACACCAAGAUCGUCAAGAACUGGUACCUGUUUGUGUGCGUGGCCUCCGGCCUGUGGGGCGGCCUGGCCAUCGGCCUGCAGACUGAGUACUUCACGUCCAACCGCUACAAGCCGGUGCAGGACGUCGCUGACUCGUGCCGCACCGGCCCCGCCACUGACAUCAUCUUCGGCCUGGCCCUCGGCUACAAGUCCACCAUCAUCCCCUGCUUCGUGAUCGCGAUCUGCAUCUACAUCGGCAACACGUGA